GUGCCGUACCCUCAAGCCGGAAGUUGUUGGUAUCCAUCAAAUAUUUCAUACGUAGCUAACUAACUGAAUUGAUGAUUUAUCGCCCAUCUAAUUGGGGUGCAUUUAUAACUAAUGCCUUCCCCAAAAAGCCAUAAAUGAAGAAAUUGGUGGCUCACAAGACCUAAUACGAGUAACGACGUUAUUCCCGCCGGCGGGUUGCCAUGGCUACUAGGAUGAAGUUAAAACUGAAGACCGUGUUUGUCCUCUACUUCAUGGUCUCACUUAUGGGCCUCAUCUACGCUCUCAUGCAGCUUGGCCAGCGCUGUGACUGUGCAGAGCAUGACAUGCCCAAGGACCGUACUAUCUCUCGUCUGCGGGGGGAACUGCACCGGCUGCAGGAGCAGAUGAGGAAGGCUGAGCCCACCAAACUCCCUCAAAAACUAGCAGUGAAACCGGCCCAACCCACCAUCUACGUCAUCACACCAACCUACACCAGGUUUGUCCAGAAAGCCGAGUUAACCCGGCUUGCCCAGACGUUCCUCCAUGUCCCUCAGCUCCAUUGGAUACUGGUGGAAGACUCUCCCCAUAAAACCCCUCUGGUCUCUGGGUUCCUGGCCUCCAGUGGCCUGGCCUACACACACCUCCACACUCCCACACCACGCGACCGCAAACUACAGGAGGGUGACCCUAGCUGGUUGAAACCCCGCGGGGCGGAGCAGAGGAACGAGGGGCUGCGGUGGCUGAGAGAGGACAGGAGGGGGCAGCCUGGAGCAGACACACAGCUGGGGGUGGUCUACUUCGCUGACGAUGACAACACAUACAGCCUACAGCUAUUUGAGGAGAUGCGUGGUACCCAGCGUGUGUCUGUGUGGCCAGUCGGCCUGGUGGGAGGGAUGAGAUAUGAGAGACCUGUGGUCGAGGGGGGUAAGGUUGUACGCUUCCAUACUGGCUGGCGCCCCAGCCGCCCCUUCCCAUUGGACAUGGCUGGCUUCGCCGUGUCGCUCAAGCUGGUGAUAGCCAAUCAGGACGCAUGUUUCGACGGCGACGCACCGAUGGGGUUCUUGGAAAGCAGCUUCCUGCAGGGAUUGGUUACCAUGGAUGAACUGGAACCUAAGGCGGAGAAUUGUACUAAGGUGUUGGUGUGGCACACGCGGACAGAGAAGCCCAAGAUGAAACGAGAGGAAGCGCUUCAGAAACAAGGCCUGGGGUCUGAUACUGCUGUAGAGGACAAUGACCCAACACACCUUCAGGCUUUGUAAGGGCUAUUUUACCAAGAAAGAGAGUGAUGGAGUGCUGCAUCAGAUGACCUAACCUCCACAAUCACUCGACCUCAACCCAAUUGAGAUGGUUUGGGAUGAGUUGGACGGACUGCAGAGUGAAGGGAAAGCAGCAUAUGUGGGAACUCCUUCAAGACUGUUGGGAAAACCAUUCCAGGUGAAACUGGUUGAGAGAAUUCCAAGAGUGUGCAAAGCUGUCAAAGGCAAAGGGUGGUAACUUUGAAGAAUCUCAAAUAUAUCAUAUUUUGAUUUAACACUUUAUUUGGUUACUACAUGAUUCCAUAUGUAUUAUUUCAUAGUGUUGAUGUCUUCACUGUUAUUCUACAAUGUAGAAAAUAGUAAAAAAUAAAGAACAACCCUUGAAUGAGUAGGUGUGUCCAAGCUUUUGUUUGUGUGUGUGUGUGUGUGUGUGUAUGAGAGAGAGUACUAGGGUAGCAGAAUUCUGGGAACCUUCCCCAGGUUUUCUAGAAGUCCCAGUUGGAAGAUAACCGCGCACGAGUCGGGAGCAAGCAUGAAAUCUGGAAUCUUCCAACCAGGAUUUUCUGGAAAACUGUAGUUUAGCCACCAUUUGUGUAUUACUAGAGUACUUGGCAGUAGAUAAUGAUACUAAGUGGUUGAGUGUACUGUGCUGCCUGUUGAAUCUGUCUGUAAGAACGUUAUUAAGUGCAGCCCAAAUGGCAUCCUAGUCCCUUUUUAUAGUGCACUACUUUUGACUAUGGUCUAUUAGGGCUCUCCAAAGUAGUGCACUAUAUACAAUAUAUAGGUUGUCAUUUGGGAAGCAUUCCUCAGUAUUAUGUGGCCGUUGUCUUAAUUGUCCCUGCCUUGAAAAUACAUUAUUUAAUCAGGAAAAUAAACAUUUUGUUGUUUUGUGAAA